GAUCGAUCGACCGCACCAGGCACGCGUCCAACUAUGCCUAUGCUCUCGUGAUGAGGGACGCCACCUGCGAGAGAACUUCUAACAACGACACCCCGUCUACCAUCACCACACACGGCGAAGCUCCUCGUCCUCCAUCCUGAUCACGCUCGCACCACCAAGCCGCCGCAUGCAUCGCUAGCCGCGCGACCACCGAGACGACGACACAUCGCCAUGGCGAGGGCGACAGUGUGGCGGACGCUCGCGACUGCUGUACUGCUGUGGACACCAUCCGCAGUGGCAGCGAGCGCGAGCGAGCCUCCGUGGACUGUGAGACAUGAAGCGGGGCGAUGUGCCCUUCGUGGGCAGUGCGGCAAACAGAGCCUGUUUGGAAAGGAACUGCCCUGUCCGGACAAUGGUCCUGCAGAAGAUCCGUCCGAAGAGGUGCGUGACAAGCUGGUUUUGCUGUGCGGCGAUGAAUGGCGUCACGGAAAGGUCUGUUGCCAGGAAGACCAGCUUGAUGUGCUCAAGAGCAAUCUCGACACGGCCAACAGCAUCAUCUCGUCCUGCGGAGCGUGCAAGAAGAACUUCUUCGACCUCUUCUGUACCUUCACUUGCUCUCCUGACCAGUCUUUAUUCGUCAACGUCACAGCCAUCGCGCCCAAGGGUGACAAGUUCUUGGUGACGGAGCUCGACCAGCUGGUUAGUGAGGACUUUGGUGGUGGGUUGUACAACAGCUGCAGUGAUGUCAAGUUUGGAGCUACAGGAGGCAGAGCGAUGGACUUUAUCGGAGGCGGUGCGAAGAACUACACGCAAAUGCUGAAGUUCCUGGGCGACAAGAAACCAUUCGUCGGCAGCCCUUUCCAGAUCAACUUUCCCCGACCAAAUGAGCAAUAUGAAAAGAUGCAUCCGAUUCUGUCUGAUCCAACACCCUGCAACACCACGGACGAGAGAUAUCGAUGCGCUUGCGUCGAUUGCGCUGGAGCGUGCCCAGCGUUGCCAGAGGUGACCGAAACCAAGCAAUGUCAUGUGGGGUUGCUGCCAUGUUUGAGCUUCGCAGUCGUUCUCAUAUACUCGGUGUUCGUGGCGCUGCUGGUGCUUGCUGUCUUUGGUCACGCCGCUGCGGCAAAGAGAAGGCGAAGCAAAAAUGAGAGACUUCAGCUCCUGCAAGAUGCCUCUCCCAGCGACGAUGAAGACGAGGGCGACAUGGUGCACGGGGCAGCAUCGCUGGAUCGGCCGACCAAACAAUAUUUUGUGAACACCUACUGCGAUCGCAUCUUCAGUAACCUUGGUCGCGCGUGCGCGAGAUUUCCCGGCAUCACAAUCGGUACCUGCGUUAUCGUUGUCGGACUGCUGUGCAUUGGCUGGGUCCGAUUUGAUGUCGAGACGGACCCGGUGAAGCUUUGGGUCGCCCCCGACUCGGACGCCGCCGUCGAGAAACGCUUCUUCGGUGAGAACUUUGGGCCUUUCUUCCGAGCAGAACAGGCGUUUUUGGUGAAUGACACCCUUCCGUCCGGCCCAGGUCCAGUCUUGAGCUAUGAGACGCUCAAAUGGUGGGAAGACGUCGAGCGAAGGGUUCGUGCCCAGGAGAGUCUGCAAGGCGGGUACACGUUGAAGGACGUGUGCUACAGCCCCACGGGCGAUGCUUGUGUGCUUCAGUCCGUUACUGGUUGGUUCUCCGGGAGCAGCAUUGAGCGAGACUCGUGGCAAGAUCAAAUACUCAAAUGCGCUGACUCUCCGGGUGAUGUGGAUUGCUUGCCCGAAUUCCAGUUGCCUCUGCCGCCUGAGCGCUUACUGGGAGGCUACAAUCGAUCCUCUGAGCCCGCGACUAGUGCAUCCGCGAUAGUCACCACUUGGGUUGUCAAGAACUACAACAGCGGGGACCCUGGCCUGGCGAAGGCGGAAGAUUGGGAGCAGAGCACAAAUCGUCUUUUCCAGGACAUCCAGUCUGAGGCCAAAGAGCGCGGAUUGCGUUUGAGUUUCAAUACCGAAAUUUCGCUGGAACAGGAACUUAACAAGAACACGAACACAGACGCCAAGAUUGUCAUCAUCAGCUACAUUGUUAUGUUCAUCUAUGCAUCGCUGGCUCUGGGUAGCACAACCGUCACCGCAGGCAUGAUACUGCGAAACCCCGUAGCGGCUCUGGUACAGAGCAAAUUCAUGCUCGGCAUCGUAGGCAUCGCCAUCGUGUUGAUGUCGGUCGCUGCGUCUGUCGGUCUCUUCGCAGCCGCCGGCGUCAAAGCAACCCUCAUCAUUGCUGAGGUGAUACCUUUCCUGGUUUUGGCUGUCGGCGUCGACAACAUAUUCUUAAUCGUCCACGAGUUCGAGCGUGUCAACAUUAGUCACGCUGAUGAGCCUGUUUCCGAGCGCAUUGCACGAGCGCUUGGGCGCAUGGGACCAUCCAUUCUGCUUUCUGCUUCGACUGAAACAGUAGCAUUCGCUCUGGGCGCUGCAGUCGGCAUGCCGGCUGUGAGGAACUUUGCAGCUUAUGCUGCUGGAGCCGUCUUCAUCAAUGCCCUCCUACAAGUUACCAUGUUCGUCUCCGUCCUAGCACUGAACCAGCAAAGAGUAGAAGAAGGUCGUCUCGACUGCGUACCUUGUGUCAAGCUUCGAGAGUCGCAUCUAGAUCACAUUCCUGGUGGUUUCGGUGGCGCUCCUUUCAGCGGCGCUGACGAAGAAGGCUGGCUCUCGAGAUUCAUCCGCAAGCAAUACGCUCCAGCCUUGAUGGGCAACAAAACAAGGGUAGCGAUCAUCACGGUUUUCCUUGGGCUGUUCGCCGCAGGCAUCGCGCUUUUGCCUGAAGUCCCGCUCGGCUUGGAUCAGCGUAUAGCACUACCCUCGGACAGUUACCUGAUUGACUACUUCAAUGACCUGGACUCAUACUUCAAUCAGGGUGCACCAGUGUAUUUCGUGGUGAAGGACUUGAACGUCACAGCAAGACCGCAUCAACAAGAGCUGUGCGCAAGAUAUACUACUUGCAAUGAGUUCUCCCUCGCAAACGUUCUGGAGCAAGAGAGGAAGCGGCCGGACGUGAGCUACAUUGCUGAUGCGACUGCCAGCUGGAUAGACGACUUCUUCCAGUGGCUCAACCCCGAUGCAGGAGAGUGCUGUGUUGAUGGGUCCAAGGCUUGCUUCGCAGAUCGCCAACCUCCUUGGAACAAUGCUUUGCGGGGCAUGCCAGAAGGCAAGGAGUUUGUGCAAUACGCAAAGCGGUGGCUCAACAGCCCCACUGGGCAGGAAUGUCCUUACGCUGGACAGGCCGCAUAUGGCGAUGCUGUUGUCAUCGACGAGAAGGGAAUGACUGUGCCGGCAAGCCAUUUCCGUACCGCUCACACACCAUUGAAGAGCCAGGAAGAUUUCAUUAAUGCUUACGCCUCCGCGCGCCGAAUUGCGAAGGAUAUCAGUGAGCGCAACGGCAUCGAAGUUUUCCCCUACAGCAAAUUUUACAUAUUCUUCGACCAAUAUGCUACGAUCGUGCACCUCUCGACUGCAUUGGUCGGAGCAGCGCUGGCAUUCAUUCUGGUCAUCACUACUGUCCUCCUAGGCUCAGUAGCGACUGCUGUAGUUGUGACCCUCACAGUUGUCAUGAUUGUAGUGGACAUCGUGGGAACGAUGGCGCUCGCCGGAGUUUCUCUCAACGCCGUCAGCUUGGUCAACAUCAUCAUAUGCGUUGGCAUCGGCGUAGAGUUCUGCGCCCACAUUGCACGCGCUUUCACGAUCCCAUCCGCAUCCAUCAUGGAGCGGGCUCAUAGCAGAUUCCGCGGCAAAGAGGCACGCGCGUGGGCAGCACUGGUCAACGUUGGAGGCAGCGUCUUCAGUGGUAUCACAAUCACCAAGCUCCUGGGCGUUUUCGUGCUGGCAUUCACCCGAAGUAAGAUCUUUGAGAUCUACUACUUCCGAGUCUGGCUUUCGCUCGUAAUCUGGGCCGCUCUACACGCACUCGUGUUCCUUCCGGUCGCACUGAGUCUUUUCGGUGGCAAAGGUUACAUCGAUCCGGAUGAUUUCGGCGGCCUGGAACAGGAUCUUGCGAGUCGAAGAUAUCGAGCUCUGCUUCCUGAUGAAGAGUAUGACAGUGAUGACUACUAGAGCGUUGAACGGAUAUGUAAAACUCAAUUUUUAUAUAAAUUUGAUAUGAUUAAAGAGCCUGAGAUCACGA